AUGUCUACUCCGCAGCCUCAGAACCCCAGGUGGUCGCCGUCAAGUGCUAAGUACCGUCCUCCUCACAGCUUUCGCGCAGGCCGCCGCGGCAACGAUUCUUCCGCACGAGGAGGAAGUCAACGCAAUGCAACCGCGUCUCGGGAUGGCACUCCAGGUUCGCAGCAGAACAGAAGAGGAGGAGGAUUCAAGCAGCAAAAUCAUAAUGUGAACCGAUCUCAGCAGCAACCACAGCAACAUCAAGAGCCGAGUGCCGCGAAUGGGCCAGCGGCGCCGACUGAUCAGCACGUGCCCUUGAAUGGGUUCAACGCUGCGGCAGUCGAGAAGUUCCUCGUUCAAGGCGUCGACGCGAAGACGCAGGUCUACAAGCCGACAGCUGGUGGCGAGGCGGCAAAAGGCGGGAAUCCUUGGGGUGCAAAGCCUGGUAGCAUGGCCAACAACAAGGAUUUCUGGCUCGAGUUGCGAAAGCAAGUCACCACGUUGCAGCAGCAGCAGGCCACUGGUGGGCCGCAGGGCGGUUAA